CUAGCAGCCUCGCUCUCGCCUCCCUCGUCUCCUCGACGCGAUGCCGCCUUCGCCCUCUCUCAAACCCUAGCCUCCGCCUCCGCCUUUCCCUCCCCUCCCCGUCGCGGGCGCCUCCGCCGCCGCGUCCCCCGUCCCCGUCCCCAUCCCCAUCCUCCGUCCGCUAGCGCCGCCGCUCCGUCCUUCCCAUCCAGAUCGCGCCACCCCGUCCGCCCGCGCGUCGUACGCCUCCACCAGCUGCCGGUCCUCCGCCUCCCGGUCAAGAUCCGGCACCGCGCCGCUUUCCUCCGUCGCCGCCAUCCUCCGUCGCCUCCGCCUCCCGUUCGAGAUCUGCAGCCCCUUCUCUGCACGUCGGUUUCUGCGCUGCCGCCAAGAAGGUUUCAAUUUUGGUAGGAACACCAUCUCAAGUGCUUAUUUAGCAGAUAUUUGCUUGUGGCGAGACAGAAAUUGGCCCUGUUUGUGCAACUAAUUCCUUUCUUCUGUAACCAAGACAGUUCGCAUUUGGCAAGAGAGCGAGGGUGGAAAAUAUAAUUGCAUCCACACAUUGAAAGAUCAUACUGCUGAGGAUAUUCCGCCAUUCGCCACCAUGGCUAACAUCAGAACCGUCUCCAGCCUCGGGGAGGUCAACGGUGCCCUGCAAGAGAUGGGUAUCAAUACGAUUGAUCAAGCUCAUCAAGUUCAAUUUCGUUUACACAAGCAAACAUCCCUUAAAGAAGCAACAGAAAUAAAGAUGAUGAUCCAAACUGGAAGGCAUGGAUUCAGGUUGGUUAACCCUGAGCUUUUAGAUUGUAAGUUUGAUGCCAGGGUUAAGCUAGAGGAGUGGUACAAUACCAUGCUCGACGCAUGCAUGGCACAGUGUGAUCAUGAGCUGUUCUCGCUUGAAGCUAGCAUUGCGGAGCUAAAGGAUCUCAUGCUUUCCACAGACGAUCAGAUUCCACAUAUUGGACCUGAAGUUCACCACAGGAACCGUGGAGUGCAACAAAUGCUCUACCCAAACCCUCCAUUCCCGAUCGAUCCUGAUUAUGAGUUUGGUACUCCGCAACAACGAGUCCCAUAUCAAGCGGCAUACACUACAGAUGCAGAGAGAAAUGACGCAGUUUCUCGUGACAAGCGUGCUCAGAGGGCGGUUUGGAAUACUAAUCUCCGUCUUCUAGAGGUGAAGAAAUCCGCCCUGGAGAAGAAGAAGACUGAGCUGGAGAGACGUCUGAAGGCGGAGUUCAAGAAAGUGAAUGAGCAGCAAUCUGACUUGGGGGUUGGAUAUGCGAACUACCAGUCUCCUUACCAGGCAUAAAGAGGAGCAUCCGUGGUGCUGAGGUUGGUCAGGUUGCACAGACGAAGAUGGUGGUGGCAUGCCAUUGCCGGGCGCUCAUGGAACCUGUGGGGCAUGUGGCAUGCCAUUGCCGGGCGCUCAUGGAACCUGUGGGGCAAACAUGCCCCAUCAAGCCACUAGCUAGUGUCAUGCUUGCUACCCAACCAUUGCAAUAUGGUGUUGGCUAUAAUUCUUCUUGUCACAUCCCACAAGUUUGGAUGAUAAAUAAAACUUGGGAAAUGAUGUACGAACUAAAAUGAACAAGUACUUUUGCUUAUAAUUUUAAACUUGUAUGUUUGUGCA